AUGUCGUCUCAAUCUUAUGCUGAGGUCACAAAGAAAAAUAUCCAUAAUGAAGACGACGCUGCUGAAAAUAUGCAUGCUGAUUUGCAAUAUAAUCAAACCCAUCCAAAUGGACACAAUGGAAUUCAUCAUGAACUCAAUGCAGAGGAGAAUCUCGAAGCCAAUUUGGCCCAUAAGGGUGAUGUUAAUACCGAUUUCCAUCGUUCCGGUACUGGCCAAUCGAGUUCUCGUGAUGUCGGUAGUUCUUCCAAUGUUACCGGCAAAUUAGAAAACCAGCAACAAAAAUCGCAUAACAAAAAACAUACAUCACGUGGAACUG